CGCCUUCGUGAAGUUCCAGAGCCACGCGGAGGCCCAGGCGGCCAUCGCUGCCCUGCACGGGAGCCGCACGCUGCCGGGCGCGUCGUCGAGCCUGGUGGUGAAGUUUGCGGACACGGAGAAGGAGCGGGGGCUGCGGCGGAUGCAGCAGGUCGCCUCCCAGCUGGGCAUGUUCAGCCCCAUCGCCCUCCAGUUCGGCGCCUACAGCGCCUACACGCAGGCGCUGAUGCAGCAGCAGGCGGCCCUGGUGGCCGCGCACUCCGCCUACCUCAGCCCCAUGGCCACCAUGGCCGUGCAGAUGCAGCACAUGGGCACGGUCAACCCCAACGGGCUCAUCGCCACCCCCCUGCCACCCUCCUCAGGAACCAGCACCCCCCCGGCCAUGGCGGCCACCCCCGUCCCGGCCAUCGCGGCCCCGCUGAGCGUCAACGGCUACAGCCCCGUGCCCGCCCAGCCCGCAGGACCCCCCGCCCCCGACGCCGUCUACGCGGGGGGGGUCCCCCCCUUCCCAGGUGACCUCCGGGACCCCCCGAAA